AUGAAGAGAUACAGGUCUGCAUCCCAUUUCUGGGACUCUGCUUUGAACAAGAUCUUCCCCAGGCGAGCAUCGCGAUUGAGACCGGAUGAGCGUAAUACUUUUCUGUCAUUCGAGUCAUCCACUACCAGCGAGCACACUGAUGGCUUUUACAUGUACUCCCAGGCUCUGUUGGAGCAAGAAAACAGGCGACGAGAUGCUUUACUAUUUCGCCAGUCCGAUAGCACAGAGGCAUCAUAUUCAUCUGCUCUCAUGGCGCCAAUUCCGCGCCCUGCCCUUCCCUAUACUAUUAGUUCUCCCGAGUGGAACAUAUUUUCUGAAGCUGUCAGGGCCCUCGAAGAUGCAAUUGAUGACGAUGCGUCCGACUGGCUCCACAGUGUGCUGUCGGUCUUUUCUAAAGUCUACACCGUCGCCAAGAUCCUCGUCACAAUUCUCAAGUCCUAUGGAAUCGAGGUAGAAGACAUUCCUGACAGCGUUCCGGUCCAUAUUAGACGUGCGGAAGAAAUUGUGACAUCCGAUUCGAUUACUGAUCUUAUUGAGGCCGUGGAAAGUCUUUAUUAUUCCGUAUAUGCGAGACUGAUAAUGGAGAUUGCGAACGUCGACUUAUCGACUUACUUCAACUUGGAACUCCGACGCACAUCCCGCAAGGAUGAGUUUACUCUCCCAGAGCCCGAACAUUUGUUGAAGAUCCUUGCGCACUGCAAAGACACCCUCGAAGCCCCAACCGUCUGCAACCAUGUCAAUGAGGAUCUUAUCAAAUUUCAUCAGGAUGAAUUCAUCCGCCGCGCCAUGGAGAGGGCGAUUGGCACAGGAUUUUUCCUCGACGACCUACUCGGAUACCGCCGUUACACUAUGGGGAUUGUGAGCGACGUCUCGUCUGAGUUUCGUUCGAAGUGGAACCACGACACGUUCUUAUAUCAGAUACCGCCGGAGGAGAUCCUCACAGUUCAAUCUGAGAAGUACCUUUCUUUCAUACCCAAACCGGAGGCUGUGUUGUUAGUCACUGGUUCCGAUCUUCCAUUCGUUGACCGCGAGAGUGUCGAUCCGGAACUUUGGGAGCGUGAGCUCGUCAGGGACCACCGCCAGUCGGCCUUAGCCAAGAUGGAAGGCAAAGGCAUCGGAGAUGUUAGGCGUGUGGACGAGAGACGUCGCCCGAGUGAUUACAUGAUGGAGAGAAAAUGCAUCUGUCGCUCAUCGUGCAUCUGCUCCUGGGAAUGCACUUCGGAUCCUGAACGCCCCUGUCCCUGCGCAGACCGUAUGAUGCAGGUAAUGCUUGCGAAACGUCGCAAGGCUCCGGGAACACGCGACUUCGCUACCCGAUGCGGCAGUCUUGCAAAGGCGAUAUUCGAAUGCGCUUCGUUGAUUAAACGGGAUAUUGAUGAUAUUGAAAUCGCGUUGGAGCUGGACCGUGCGUUUUCACUAGUGGACACUAAUGGGUGGCCCAUAUUUGCCCCAAAGAUACUAUUCUUGUACUGUGAUGCGCUGUACCUUGACCGGUACCUUGCCCGAGGAUGUAAUGUACGCGGUAACACUCGGAACAUACUCCGGCGCAACUUUUAUCUCCCUACCACAGAAAAGAAAACUGUUCUAGCGGGCAUGGUGCCCAAAACCGUAUCGACUUCGGCGACUGUAUUAAUAUCCUCUUUUUCAUCUCCGUUGUCGCGAAAUCCACAGUGGAUCGCAAACUUCAGAGGACCCAGAACCGGGGUGCGACGAUAUAACCGUGCUACCUGGCCGUCCUACGGCAUCACCACUCCUGUCCCGGAUCGUCCUCCACAGUUCCCCAGUUCCGGAUCUAGGAAGUCUCCAUUCUGCUUCCAGACGGGGUAUGCGCUCUGCGCCAAACGGCCCUCGCGCCCCUUCCCCCCACCGUUCCUGUCCCCGCCGUCCUCGUCCUUUUCCGACCCGUUGACUACCCACUACCACAGUCAGGAUAAGAGAUUAUCCGUCAAGGGCGAACUAGUCAGGGGCCUAAACAACGGUGACGAUGCGGUAUUGGUUGCAGAUAAUUUCCUCGGGGUCGACGAUGGUGUAGGGGCAUGGGCUACCAAGCCACGAGGUCAUGCUGGACUCUGGUCCAGGCUACUACUACAUUUUUGGGCUCUAGAAGUCGAACGACGAGUUGAUAGUAAUGCCCCGCUGGAUCCGGUCGAGUUCCUUCAACGUGCUUACGAAGAAACCAUCAACGCAACGACCGCCCCUAGCGAGUGGUACGGAACAACGACCUCCGUAACUGCGAUCUUACAUUGGACCUGCGAUGAUACGGGGAAGGAAAAGCCUUUACUUUACGUGACUAAUAUAGGCGAUUGCAAGUUGCUGGUCAUCCGUCCAAGCGAGGAGAAGAUCCUGUUUCGGACCAAGGAACAAUGGCAUUGGUUCGACUGCCCCAUGCAGCUGGGGACCAACAGCGUGGAUACGCCACGGAAGGAUGCGGUUCUGUCACAAGUCGAUUUGGAGGAGGAUGAUCUCGUACUUGCUGUAUCCGACGGCGUUCUAGACAAUCUUUGGGAACAUGAAAUAUUGUCCAUUACGCUCGAGAGCAUCAAGAAGUGGAACCAGGGACGGCAUGACAAUACAGACCUUGAGUGGGCUCCUCCUGAGGUACUGGCAGAAGAACGCAUGGUAUUCGUGGCGAGAGAGCUGCUGAAAUCCGCGCUGGCCAUUGCCCAGGACCCGUUCGCUGAGAGCCCAUUUAUGGAGAAGGCAAUAGAAGAGGGUCUUGCUAUUGAGGGGGGAAAAAUGGAUGACAUUAGCGUGGUGAAUAUCGUGAAAACUCCCCCAAAUCUAGAUAAUGCACGGACCACAUCCAAAGCAGCAACAUUCCGCCCGGCAAAAUCAGAAAAAAAGGCCAAACGCUCAAAGAAGUACCGCAAGCUCAUGCACCAAUAUGAGCUUGCAUUCGGCUUCCGCGAACCAUACCAAGUCCUACUGGACUCAAACUUCCUUAACGCCGUACACUCAUUUAAGAUGGAGCUACUCCCUUACCUCGAGCGCACACUGCAAGGCAAAGUCAAGCCUCUCCUCACAAAAUGCUCCCUAGCAGCCAUCAUGGCCAACCAACCCAUCAAUCCCCGCACCAACAACCCCGUCCGUCCCGCACAACUUCCCCCGCCCACCGUCCUCCCAUUGCGCCACUGCUCCCACAACGAAGACAACACCCCAAUCGACGAAGCAGAGUGCUUGCUUUCUCUUCUUUCGCCUUCUGCAGACGUCAAGCGGAAUAAGGAGCAUUAUAUCCUCGCUACGGCUGACCCGGCGACGCCCAAGGCUGCACCGCAGAACGACAAGAAGCGGAAGCGGGGUGUCGAUGAGGCUGAGGUUGCGCUGAGAAAGUCAAGGAUGUUUAGGAGCGCUGCGCGGGCUAUUCCUGGUGUGCCGAUUGUUUAUGUGAAGCGGUCUGUUAUGGUUUUAGAGCCGAUGAGUUCGUUGAGUGAGGAGUUGAGGGAUGGAUAUGAGAGUGGGAAGUUCAGGGCUGGGUUGAAUGAUGAUGCGGUCCCGAAGAGGGGUGGGGAGGGGGAGAAGAAGAAGAAGGGAUUUAAGAAGGUGAAGGGCCCGAAUCCGUUGAGUGUUAAGAAGCCGAAGAAGAGGGGUACUGAGUCGGCUGGACCUGCGAAGAAGAGGCAGGCUACGGAGGAUGGAGAAGGCAAGGAGUCUGCAGAGAGGACGGAAGAUGGUGAUUCUGCGCCCAAGGCGAAGCGGAGGAGACGUCAUCAUAAUCGCGGUGCUAAGAGUGAGGGCGAGGAUGGAGGCGAUGCGGCUCCUGCUGUUACGACAGAGGAGUGA